AUUUAGGGUUUCCACACCUGAGCGAAGGUACCAGAGCAGAAACGUCAACAUGAGGACGCACACACUUUUGUCCAUGACUCUGCUGGGCCUGCUGCUGUGGGCCUCCUGCAGCCGGGCCGACGACACAGAGCCCUCACAGGCAGAAACACAGGAAGACACAUCGAAGGAGUCAACGGAGGAGACUUCAGCCGAGGAGGAGGAAACCAAAGAGACACCAGAGAAAGAGAAAACAACAGAGAUAGAGGAGGACAAAGAUGUGAUGAUUCUCCACAUCAACAACUUUGCCAGAGCUCUCAGCGAGAAUCAGUAUCUACUGGUGGAGUUCUAUGCUCCCUGGUGUGGCCACUGCAAAAAGCUGGAGCCUGUUUACGCCGAGGCUGCUGGGAAGCUGAAGGAGGAGAAGGAGGAGGCUGCAGGGAUCCGUUUGGCCAAAGUGGACGUCAUAGAGGAGAAGGAACUGGGCGAUGAGUUUGAAAUCGGAAGUUUUCCAACUCUGAAACUGUUCAUCAACGGAGACCGAAAGCAGCCCCUCGACUUCUCUGGUAAGAGGACAGCAGAGGGAAUGGUCCAGUGGCUGAAGCGUCGUGCCGGCCCCGGUGUUCCCGUGCUCGACUCUGCAGACUCUGCAGCUCAGUUCAUCGACUCACAUAACAUCACUGUUGUAGGAUUCUUUGAUAAUCUGGAAAGUGAGGAGGCCAAAGUCUUCAAGGAGCUCGCUUUUGAUUUCACUGACUCUGAGUUUGCUGUGUCAGCGAUUCCAGAGGUUUUCCAGAAGUAUGAAGUAAAGGCCAACUCGGUGGUGCUCUUCAAAAAGUUUGACGAGGGCAGAGCAGAUUUCUCGUUGUCAGAAGAAGGGAAGCUGGACAAAACAAAUCUGACCGCCUUCAUAAAGGAAAACAGCAUGGAGCUGAUCAUCCCAUUCAGCCAGGAGAAUGCAGAUAAGAUCUUUAGCUCCAGCAUCAAAAUUCACAGCCUGCUGUUCAUCAACUCCUCUGUGAAGAGUCAGACAGCGCUGUUGGACGAAUCCAGGACCAUUGCCAAAGAGUUCAAGGGCAAGAUGCUGUUCGUUGUUCUUGACGUGACAGAAGCCAUGACGCAUGUGCUGGAUUACUUUGGUGUGUCUGAGAAAGACGCCCCGACUGCUCGUGUCAUCAACAUGGAGACGGGAAAGAAGUUCAACAUUGACUCCGGGGAUCUUAACAUAAACUCAAUAAGACAGCUGUGCCUGGACGUUCUGGAAGGCACUGCUAAGCCUUACUUUAAGUCUGAGGAGAUCCCAGAGGACUGGAACAAAGGGCCGGUCAAAGUCCUGGUGGCGAAGAAUUUCGAGUCUGUUGCUCUGGACCCAACCAAAAACGUCUUUGUGGAGUUCUCACAUGCUUAG